AUGUUUCACGUAUGCGAGCCUGUCGCACGCAGGUCCGCACCGCACGACGGUCCGCGAGUCACUGAACUGCCUACCGCGCCCCGUCGCGCGCCCGACGCGCGCUUAUUUUUAUUCCGCCCCGAAACUAAUGUUAUCAUUAUCAAACGCCUCGGAAUGGAUGCGUUCGGGAAUCGGCCGAGAGCGGCCGAGCGCGGCCGAACACUCCCGAAGCUUGCCGAGGCUUCGCGGCCGCCGGCGAGGUCGGAGCGCGGGAAGCGUCGCGAGCAAGCACCCAGACCAAAGAUCACCAAAAGACCAAGCCAAAGAGCACCAAAAGACGGAAUAUCACUGCUCAACAGUAUCAUCGCCCCGGGACAAUACGCAUCGACCUUCUUGCAUUUCAGGUCUGCGUUGGCGAAAGGCACCAUUGCCAUCACCGAGGGCGUACAACAGCCCCGGAAG